AUGCAGAACUCACACACAAACACACACACACAUGCACUGAAGCGGUUUGUGUCGGAUCGGUGCGCGCGCGGGAUGGUGUGCACAGUGAUGGUAGAGGAAGUGCUGUGUGCGCGGAACGGGAGCGCGGAGAGAGCGGAGAGUGCGGGCAUGCGGCUACUGCUGGAACCCGCAACUCCCACCAUCACCACAGUUGCUAUGGUGCAUGAGCCCCCUCAGCUUUUCCCUACAGUUGAUGUUCCUGAUCAUGCACACUACUCUGUUGGUGCAAUAAUCUUCACCAUUGGCAUCACAGGCAUCGUGGGCAACCUUCUGGUCAUCUACGCUUUCACCAGGAGUCAAACUCUUAGGACUCCUGCCAACAUGUUUAUAAUAAAUCUGGCCAUCACAGACUUCUUCAUGUGUGCCACUCAAUCACCGAUAUUCUUCAUAACCAGUAUGCACAAGAGAUGGGUGUUUGGAGAGAAAGGUUGUGAGCUAUAUGCGUUCUGUGGAGCUCUGUUUGGGAUCUGCUCCAUGAUCACUCUAAUGGUCAUCGCAGUAGAUCGCUACUUCGUCAUCACGCGACCUCUGAGCUCCAUCGGUAUGCUGUCCAAGAAGAAGGCACUGCUUGUCCUGAUAUGUGCCUGGCUGUAUUCUCUGGGCUGGAGCCUGCCACCCUUCUUUGGCUGGAGUGCUUAUGUUCCUGAAGGUCUGAUGACGUCUUGUACUUGGGAUUACAUGACCUUUAUUCCCUCAGUUCGGGCCUACACAAUGCUGCUCUUUAUCUUUGUCUUCUUCAUUCCUCUCAUCAUCAUCAUUUACUGUUACGUCUUCAUCUUCGAUGCCAUUCGUAAGAGCAAUCAGAAUGUCAGGAAGAUUGACAGAUGUAAUACCAGAGACACUGUGAAGAGAUUCAACAAGAUGAAGAAAGAGUGGAAAAUGGCCAAGGUUGCUCUGAUUGUCAUCCUGCUCUAUGUCAUCUCCUGGUCUCCCUAUUCAGUUGUGGCCCUUACAGCAUUUGCUGGGUAUGCAGAUAUGCUGACACCAUACAUGAACUCAGUACCUGCGGUCAUAGCCAAAGCUUCAGCAAUCCACAAUCCCAUCAUCUAUGCUAUCACACACCCCAAAUACAGAGUAGCUAUAGCGAAGUAUAUCCCGUGUCUGCGUGUGCUGCUGUGUGUUCCUCAGAGUGAGCUUCACUCUCUCCACAGCAGUUUUAUAUCUACCAGACUCUCAACUAUAACCAACCGAGCCUCGGAUGUGUCUGGGAACUUGUCCCAAAGCAGUACAGUAAAAUCCUACAUCUCCUCUGCCUCUGAUGGUGAAUCUGAUGCAAAUGACAGCAGUGAUGGUACAGCAAUGCAGCUCCCCUGA